CAUGUCAAUUAUACUACGUUCCGCUCCAUGCAAAUGAGGCUGUAUGUCCGAUCAAGGACUUGGAACCGGUCAUCCUCACAUCACCGCCGCGCACCGCCGCGCCGCGUACUGACGAGUGAGACGACUGACGAGUGACGACCAUACUCGUUUGUGCUAGUGCCCAAUACAUGUAUAAUUACAAGUAACAAACAACGUGAAAACUGACAAAUAUAAUAUAGUAAGCUUUAGGGCGUUACAGGAUGUGGGUGGUGGUCACGGCACUGCUGUUCGUACAGUCGGGAAUAACACAAGAUGUGGGCGAGCAGUGCCGGAUCCAGCACACGGGGUCGGUGGGCCGCUGCGCCUUCGCCGACCAGUGCCAGUCCGCUAGGGACGACUACAGGAUGAACGGCAUCCGGCCGUCGUACUGUUCGCAGCAGCUGUACGCCGGCGUGCCGCUCGUCUGCUGCCGCGACCACACCACCAUCCUGCAGACCACCGAGGAUUCCCGUCCUCACCACCACACCGACAAGCGGCGCGUCAGUGAACGAAAGUGCGAGGAGUACAGCCGCGGCGUGAUGCAGACGGUUGGCUUCAUUCCGCUGAUCCCGGAGCCGGAGGAGAUGACCAUCUCGGCCGCCAAGUGCGACUACACCGGCGUCCAGCUCAUUGUGGGCGGCGAGAGCGCCAACCAGGGCGAGUUUCCGCACAUGGCAGCAGUCGGCUGGGUGACAGACGAGGAGAAGUACGCGUUCUACUGCGGCGGCACCCUCAUCAGCUCGCGUUUCGUGCUGACCGCCGGCCACUGCACCUACAAGCCGCGACAGAAGCACAACGAGCCCAGCGUCGUCAGACUCGGCGAACAGAACCUCGACCCCACCGUGAGGGACGGCGCGACGCCUAUUGAUGUGCCAAUCAAGCAGAUCCACAAGCACCCCGGCUACAAGCCGCCUUCGAAGUACGACGACGUGGCGCUGCUGGAGCUGGUGACGGACGUGGACUUCACCAACGACGUCCGUCCCGCCUGCCUGUGGAACCGCGACAGCACGAGACCGCAUACCAAGGCGCUGGCGACGGGCUGGGGAGUGGUGGACCCACAGGCGAGAAGGACAUCCACCGACCUGCAGAAGGUGUCGUUAACUCUAUUCGACAACAACAGCUGCAACCGUCUCCUUGAGCGGGAGGAGAAGCGACAUUGGGAGCGCGGCGUCAUCGACACGCAGGUCUGCGCUGGCGAGCUGCGCGGGGGAAAGGACACUUGCCAGGGCGACUCCGGGUCCCCGCUGCAGGUGGCGUCGAGCGAGAACCAGUGCAUCUUCCACGUGAUCGGCAUCACGUCGUUUGGCGGCCGCUGCGCCCAGCCCGGCCGCCCCGCCGUGUACACCCGCGUCUCCAAAUACCUCAACUGGAUAGAGUCCAUUGUGUGGCCGGGAGAAUGACCAAUAUAAAUGUAAUAGAUUUUUUAUUUUUUUAAA